AUGGGUGUGCUAGACAGCAUUUGGGAGCUCUGUGAAUCCUGUCACAUGCACCACAGUAGUAAGCUCAAGAAACGCAAGCAACUUCAGACAGUGGAGAUAAAGGUGAAGAUGGAUUGCGAAGGGUGCGAGAGAAGGGUGAAGAAAUCGGUGGAAGGGAUGAAGGGGGUGACGCAGGUGGAAGUGGACCCAAAGCAGAGUAAGCUCAGUGUGACUGGCUACGUGGACGCACACAAAGUGUUAGAGCGUGUGAGACACCGCACGGGUAAAAAGGCCGAGUUCUGGCCCUAUGUCCCCUACGACGUCGUUCCACACCCUUACGCACCGGAAGCCUACGACAAGAAGGCGCCGCCUGGUUACGUGCGAAAGGUGCUGCAAGAUCCAGAAGCUUCGGCGCUUGCACGUGCGAGCUCCUUCGAGGUGAAGUACACCACGGCCUUCAGCGACGAGAACCCAAAUGCUUGUACUGUCAUGUGA